AUGCAGUUUGAUAAUCAUGGAGGUGAUUUAUUAAGUGAUUUAUGGCAAAUUAAAUCUGAAUCACGUUAUCAAUCAAGUCAAAAUUUCAAUAAUGGCAAUUAUAAUAAUGUAGGUCAGAUUCCAACUACUUAUAGAUCUAAUAGUGUUGGAAGUAAUGGUAAUUUGACUUUGGGAAAUAAUUUGAAUAAUGGUGGAAAUGGAUCAUAUGAUAUCUGGUCGAAUGAUUUAACAAAGAUUCCAUCAAAUAACUCAACUGAUGCGAAUUUCUUAAAUUACAAUUAUCAAUCAACAACUUAUUCUCCUACUUAUUCACCAAAUUAUUCCCCAAUAUCCUUAAGUUCAACUAACUUAUCAAGUUUACCAAAUUUAUCCACAGAAAAAAAUGAAGAAACUGCUUCAAAUGCUAGUGAUGAUAAGAAGCCUAUAAAUACUCAGUUAUAUAAGACAGAAUUAUGUGGAUCAUUUAUAAAGACUAAUUAUUGUCCUUAUGGCAAUAAAUGUCAAUUUGCACAUGGAGAAAAUGAAUUGAAGUUUGUUAAACGUCCAAAUAAUUAUCGUUCAAAAGAUUGUGUUAAUUGGAAAAACUUUGGUACUUGUAGAUAUGGGAACAGAUGUUGUUUCAAACAUGAUUAG